ACUUGCGCUUGGUAUGCAGCUUAUCGUUCUCAAUUGCGAUUUAAUUUUGCAGUCAAGCAUAAACUUCUAUGUACACAUAUAUUUGAAACCAUAAAUAUCUGAUUUGAUAGAAAAGAAAAUAAUCAAUCUCUCACUGGUGCAGUCUGAAAUGAGCCGUUGCUUAUGCUGAGCUUUCACUUUCGGCGUCCAGUUUCAAGUGAUCAGCUUACUAAGCAUUCGUGGUUGAAUUUGAUACGCACGUACACACGCACAGACACACACACGCAUAAGUAGACAGAAUGUUUGGCUUUGUAAAGUGCUGUUCAAGUUACCGCCUUGCAUUCUUUCUAAUAAUUAUAGCCGUUCUGGGAAAAGUUUACCAAAAUGAUAUCGUGCAGCUCCUGCAAAUAGGAGCUGCGCGUUAUUUGAAUAGAGCCGCCAACGAGCGUGCCGAAAGUGUUCCCGUUAAGUUCACGGAGACACGCGACAGUAUCUUCACGGCGGAGCAGCUGUCCACGUACAACGGGGAGAAUGGUGCACCCAUCUAUUUGGCACUGCUCGGUGCCGUGUUUGAUGUCAGUCGCGGCAUCAAGCAUUAUGGACCUGGCUGCAGUUACAACUUUUUUGUUGGCCGAGAUGCAUCCGUCUCUUUUGUGAGCGGUGAGUUCGAGCACUACGAUCCGACUACGGCAGAUGAUGUGCUCAGCCUGAAGGGCAACGACUUGAUUGAGCUAGCCAAGUGGCAGCAAUUCUACGAGAAGGAGUAUACCUAUAAGGGCAAGCUAAUUGGGCGCUUCUAUGACGAAGCGGGCCAGCCGACGGUCUACCACAAGAAAUUCCUGGUACUGCUGGACGAGGCAAAGAUAGCCAAGGCGCAAGUUGACGAGCUGCGUAAUCGAUAUCCAGGCUGCAACAUCGAGUGGUCCGAGGCGAAGGGCACUCGCGUCUGGUGCACCACAACGAGCGGCGAUGGCAAGGAGCGUGAGUGGUCUGGCUAUCCCCGCAAGCUAUAUAACAGAGACAACAAGAACUUCCACUGCGCCUGCGUACCCGAGGCGGAACUAAACGAUCCCAUGUUCAAGCCCUACGACAAUUGUGCAGAUCGGGCGACUGAAUGUUUCUAUCGGGUCUAAAACUGAAUACAACCUUAAAUGAUAUGCUGAAGAAGCUGUACAUACAUGUAUAUGUAUAUCACUGUAGUGAGGGCGAUGCUGGGUUUUUAUUCUAUUUGGAAAUCGAAUCGAAAUCUGUAAUAGUCACAUAGCCUUUUGUAUAUACGUAAUAAAUACACAUUUUUUAUAAAAA